AUGAAGCUUGAGGAUCAAGAAAGUGACAUUUUGUUUCAGACAGAUGACGAAGAAAGCCAAGUCGAUGUCUUCUGUAAUGAUGAAGAUGAAAUCUCCAGAAAGUCUUCUCAAUUAUCAAUGAACGAUUCCGCUCCGUGGCCUCGAAGUUAUCGACAAUCUGUAGAUAUCUUAACCGGAGUUACACCUCCUACGACCAGUUUCAUUCACCGGAGAGGUUCUCAGGCAUCAUCAUUCACCAGCUCCAUCGCUUCCUUAUACAGAAGACGUCCAAACUCUAUUCUAAACUCGUUUGCUUCAUCCACAAGCAAACAACCGUUGCUCACCGAUAAAGACGAUGUCUCUGUCAAAUCAUACGUAUCAUCACAGCUAAAGUUAUCAAUCACCGAUCUCUCCUAUGAAGAACAGAGUCUCUGCUCGUUUCCUCAAUCCAUUCUCAACGGAAUCAAUAUCCUAUGUGGAGUAAGUCUACUCACAAUGCCUUACGCAGUGAAAGAAGGAGGAUGGCUAGGGCUUAUUAUACUUUUCUUCUUCGGUAUCAUCACUUGCUACACCGGUAUUCUCCUCAAGAGAUGUCUUGAAAGCUCUCCUGACAUUCAUACCUAUCCUGACAUUGGUCAAGCUGCCUUUGGCUUCACUGGACGUCUCAUCAUCUCCAUACUUUUGUACAUGGAGUUAUACGCAUGUUGUGUGGAGUAUAUUAUCAUGAUGAGUGAUAACUUGUCGAGAUUCUUCCCCAACGUUUCGUUAAACGUCGCUGGAGUAUCUAUUGACUCUUCGCAGAUCUUUGCCAUAGCAACUGCUCUUAUUGUUCUUCCUACAGUUUGGCUUAGAGACCUAAGCUUACUCUCCUAUCUCUCAGCUGGAGGUGUCUUCUCAUCCAUCUUGCUAGCUCUUUGUCUCUUUUGGGUCGGGUCUGUUGAUGGAGUCGGGUUUCACUCAGGUGGACAAGCUCUAGAUCUUAGUAACUUACCUGUAGCCAUUGGUAUAUUUGGGUUUGGUUUCAGUGGACACGCGGUUUUCCCAAACAUAUACUCUUCUAUGAAAGAUCCAUCCAAGUUUCCUUUGGUGCUCAUCAUUAGUUUCGGUUUCUGCGUAGUCUUCUACAUAGCUGUGGCGGUUUGCGGCUACAUCAUGUUUGGUGAGGCGAUUCAGUCGCAGUUUACGCUAAGCAUGCCACAACAAUUCACGUCAUCUAAAAUCGCAGUUUGGACCGCGGUCAUUACACCGAUGACUAAAUACGCCUUAACUCUUACACCGAUCGUGCUUAGCUUAGAAGAACUAAUGCCUUCUUCAGAAAAGAUGAGAUCCAAUGGAGUAUCAAUGUUUCUUAGAACGAUCUUAGUUCUCUCUACCUUGGUUGUCGCACUUGCAUUCCCAUUCUUCGCCAUCAUGGGAGCUUUGAUGGGAUCUUUCCUCUCAAUGCUUCUUGCUUUUAUACUUCCAUGUCUUUGUUAUCUGAGUAUCUUGAGGGGUAGAUUGAGUAAGAUACAAAUGGGAGUAUGCGUUUUGAUCAUCAUCGCUGGCAUUGUAAGUGGUUGCUGUGGGACUUACUCUGCGAUUGGAAAGUUAGUAGGAGAAAGGAGUUGA